AUGAUCUACCGCAUCAGUACGAUGGAGGAGUGGGAAUUGAUGCAGAAAACAGGCAGCACUUGUGGCGGGGACCUUGACCGAACCACUGGCUUUAUACAUCUCAGUAAGCUCGACCAGGUUCAACCAACUUUGCUGAACUUCUUCUUGAACGUUAAGGAUGAUUUGUGCUUGCUGCAAAUCGAUGCUAAAAAGCUUGGGAAUGGGUUGGCUUAUGAAGCUGUCGGUGACACAAAUGUCUUUCCUCAUUUUUAUGGCCCAUCUCAGAGUUUCAGCCCACUACCACUAGAUACAGUCAUUAAAGGGGAGAAGCUGGUGGUGCCCGAUGGAAAAUUUGUAUGCAGCAUGCUCAGUUGAGUAAUGGAUUCAUUUGUCAUUGAUCACGGAUUUGGUAUGAGGGAUAUAACAGACUGAUAAAUGCAUGCCCGAUGGAAAUAGUUCCAGGUGUCCUUGCACUUAAGGGAUUGUGUUUGUGUGCUAUAACAUUGACAUACUAUUUGAAUCCAAACAGUUGUGGGAUACUGAAUGGGAUAGAUGAUGUCUUAAGUAUUUGCUU